ACAGAAGGCACGAGUGGCGCAACUUGACAGUUCAUUAUUUUUGUUGCUCACAAAAAAAAAAAUAUUGUGAAAAACGAAAUUGUGAAAUUGUGUAAAAUUAGUGCGUGAUCGUGCAGAAGAGCAGCAUCAACAUGCCAAUUGAGGGCCUCCAGCAGUAUUUGCACCUCGUGGUAAACACGGGAAAUGUGCUGAAUGUGAAUAAAAAGGCCGGGCAGAAACCAUCGGAAGAGCUGGUUGACUGCUUGAAAGCCACACUUGCAACACCAGCAAUUGAGGCUGCUGCCAAAGGAGCCCCGAGUUCGGCAAAUGUCACACGAUCCGGGGAUGAUUUGCGCGAGAAGGUGGCUGAACACGAGCGGGCUAGUGUGAAGAUUGGAGCAAAGCUAUUCCUAAACACAAACUCCACGGAGAAUCUGAAGAAUGCCAUUGAUACGCUCCUGUCUGUCUUGGGAGUGGAGUACCUGGACAAUCUCAUCCUGGCCUACCAUCCAGAAGGGAGGACGACAAAUGGAACUGCUGUGAAUGGCAACAGCGGGGAGGAUGAUGACACGAAGGAAGGUGUAAUGGAUUGGAGUGGAGGACACUCGGAUGCCAUUCAAGACCUCAAAGCACUCUGGAAGGAGAUGGAAGAGUAUGCAAAGAGCAAGAAGAUUUGCCAGCUGGGAAUUGCGGAUUUGGACGUCAACUCCCUGAAGGAACUGUACAAUGGUGCUGAAUUCCAUCCAAGUAUUGCACAAAUUAACAUUAGCACAUGCUGCGUCGUUCCCCCACCACUCCAGGAAUUUUGUCAGCAGAAUGAUAUUCAACUUUUGACCCAUAGCGAUCCGGAAGAAAUUCUCUCCAAAGAAACCCUCAAAACUGACUUGGACGUGGAGAAUUUUGCACCGAAAUGGACAAUAAGAUUUCAGGUUCAUGUUAAAUGUCGAGGAGUUUUGGCGGCAAAGGGUUACGUUAUUGGGGCAAGUAGAGAAUGAAUUUUUUUUGUUUUUUUUUUAACUUCUACAAUGCCUAAAGAAAGAAAAAUACGAAAUAAUUCGCAACGAUAGUUCUUUUUUAAAUACAGAGAAAAGUAACAACAAAAAAACGAUUAUAAUUAACAGAUGAAUUUCAUUUAAACUUACAUUCCUUAAUUUCAAAAUAUUACAAAUUCUAAAAAUUUCUUCUUUUUUUAACGAAAUGCAUUUUUGUUGUGUUUUUUUUUAUAAUGGAGAAUAUUUUUUUGUUUUGUGGGCACAAAGAAAUUGUUGAAUUAGACCGAAAUGGGUUUAUGUAGAUGAGGCUUUUAGAAUGAAAAUAUUGUAAUCAGUUGUAAUUUGCACUUAUAUAUUGUAAAAUGUGUGUCUUUUACACUUUUUUGUGACAAAGAAAAAGUUUAAAAAAAAAAUGCAGAUUAAAUGGUAAAAAUUCUUUUAAGUGUUGUGAGAGACGAUAGAAAAUGUUAAAAGUUAUAAAAAUGGUUUUGAAAAUCACAAUAUUGACAUUUUUUGUAUUUGUAUUUAAUGUUUAUAUACCGAUGAUGAUGGGAAUGAGGCGAGAUAGAGGAGAGAUUGUGAUUCAGAAUGGUCAUCCGUGAAAGAAGAAAAUGUGCUUGGAGAACAUUUUAUAUUAUACAUUAUAUAUUUUAUUGGAGAAUAAUAAAUAAAAUUGUGUAUAAAAGCA